CUGGGCAGGCCCACAUUACUAUAUUCAUUCCCUCUGCAAAAGUUGCUGCUCGUGACCAAUGCUGCCUGAACUUUUGAUUUUUGUUCUUGUCUGUUAUGCACAAUCUGGAGAAACAAAAACCUCUGAAGAAUGGAAAAAAUUGAUGGAAAAAAGUGCAGCAGAGUGUAUUGGAGAACUUAAAUUGGAAAAUGAAAUGAGUCCAAGUUUUUCGAUGAGAAUUUUGGUGAAUCUAACCCAGCCAGAGGAAUUCUCUGAAAAUUUAAAGUGCAUCACAAAAUGCGUAGCGGAGAAAUUUAAUGGACAGGAACUUUCAAAUGCGGAAGCAUUCAUUGAACGAGAUAUUGAAACGGCCAGGGAUGUGUUAAAAGCUGAAAAUUUGUCGCCCACGCAAAUUGACUCGUACGUCCAAGCAAAUGAGCCGUGCUAUGAAAAAUUUAGACGCUCUGGCAGAAAUGAUUGUGACACUUACUUGACGCUUUAUCUUUGCUCAAAAGGAGCAUUGGUUGAAAUUAUGCAAAUUAAUUGAAAUAAAAGUUGAAGAAAUUAUAAAAAAAAUGCAAUGUGUU